AGAUUUUGUGUGUGAGCCUAAACAUUUUAAUCAUAAACAUAGGUUUUAGCAUGAAAACGCACACGGACAGCUCUUUAGGGUUUGUAGAAAAAAAGAUGGCGACGGUAAGAUGACUGCUUCUAAACCACUCGCGAAGAAAUGCAAUAAAUUCCUUGUUGUUUUAUGAAAAUUUACAACUUUGUGAUAGAACUUUAUGAGUGGCUGAGUUCUAGGAUUGGCCGAGGACGGUCAUGUGGAUAGUUAACCGUGAACAUGAACUUUUUAUGAUUUCCCAAGUGGUUAUAUUGGAGCAUUCUUUUGGUCACCGCGCCUUCAGUAGCAACACUGCCCUCCUUAAAGGUUCUUGGCUCUUCUUCAUUUUUUUAUAAAUGAAAAAUAUCAAUUUGCUUAGUGUCAUAGUUCAUGAUGUCGAUGAACAGAGUACGCGAACAGCCUACUCCGUGCUGCUAUGCUAAUGCGCCCUGGUCUGAUUGGGAUUUCCGCUACAAUGAAGGGUGAAUAAGAAAUCUGGGCUCGAUGGAGAUCAUCUCAUUUUUCAUAUAGGGAUCUUUCUCACUUUGCUAGUAUAAAUGAUAGGAAUGGAGGAGACUGAGACUUGCGCUAAUGGCGGAACAGAUUGGAGCAACUAUAAGGUCAGACUAAAAGCAAGAAGCUAACGAUUUCCUCUGGGCCAUCAAGAGGCGUAAUGAAGGAUUAUAAACAAAGCAGCAAAUCUGUACGGACCUUCUGCCGGGAGGGGGAGAGUUCUUGGAGGACACUUGAAGAUUCUUCCUUUUUUACCUCCUAUCCCCUCUUUUCAAGCAAUACCAUAAGAAACUUUUUUUUUCUUUUCUUUUUUUUAAAGAACAUCCCAGUUUCACACUGACGUGAGACACUUUGGAGCGUAGAAGAUGGGAUCUAAACAGACGAUACAACUUAUCAAGAAGCUUUCUGAUUGUAUAAUCUCUUGUCGUGAUAAAGGACGCAUAAGCGGUCAGCUUCCAAGAGGCAAUUGGAAAGAGACUGUCACGUGACCUCUGGUGCCAAUGUUCUUCCAGAAGGUCGUCAAGACCUUGGUAGCUGGUGAAAAUAUUUUCGGAAAUGCAGAAAACGUCUUAUUACGACAACUCUACACUUUUCGGAGGCUACUCGUACCAAGCCAACGGGUUUGGUUAUGAUGCCGCGCAACCAGUAUACCAGUCCUCAGGGCACUUGGAGAGCGACUACCAGAGAUCCGCCUGUUCCCUCCAGUCCCUUGGCAACAGCACCCCACAGCAGCACACGAAGACGAAAGAAAUCAAUGGGAGCUGCAUGCGCCACAGUCUACCACCUGAACAUCAUCAAGCACCCCCAGUCUCCCCUCCCCAGAAUCCAUCCAACAGUACCAACAGCAGUACAACGCAACAGCCGGCUAGCAGCAGCAGCAGCAACGCAAAAGCAGCCCCCACCAAGUCCCCCACGCUCCCUCCCAACGCCACCCUCGCCAAACAGAUCUUUCCUUGGAUGAAAGAGUCAAGGCAGAACUCUAAACAGAAAAACAGCUCCCCAUGCGCAAGUACAGCCAACGUGGAGAGCUGCAGUGGUGAGAAAAGCCCUCCGGGUUCGGCGGCUUCCAAAAGAGCGCGCACAGCCUACACGAGCGCGCAGCUGGUGGAGCUGGAGAAGGAGUUCCACUUCAAUCGGUACCUGUGCCGGCCGCGGCGCGUGGAGAUGGCCAACUUACUCAAUCUCAGUGAGCGACAGAUAAAAAUAUGGUUCCAAAACCGAAGAAUGAAGUACAAAAAGGAUCAAAAAUUGAAGGGAAUGGGCUCCUCCUCUGGUGGUGCGUCUCCGACUGGAAGCCCCCCCCUCCCCAUGCAAUCAUCUGCUGGUUUUAUGAACCCCAUGCAUUCAAUGAGUGGUACCUUUGAGGACACCUCUCCACCAUCAUUCAAUAAGCCUCAUCAGAAUUCUUAUGCCAUGUCAACAGCCUACCAAACCCCUAUGAAACCAUGUCCUUCUCAACAGAAGUAUGGCAAUACAGCACCAGAAUAUGACCCUCAUGGUCUACAGGGUAACGGUGGUAAUUAUGGGACUCCGAAUAUUCAGGGUAGCCCUGUGUAUGUUGGAGGAAACUAUAUGGAUUCAAUUCCCACAUCAGGGCCAUCUCUAUAUGGUCUCAAUCACCUGCCACAUCACCAGUCUAAUAAUAUUGACUACAAUGGUGCAGCACAGAUGCCAAGUAACCAGCAUCAUGGACCAUGUGACUCCCACCCAACAUACACAGACCUUUCAGCGCACCAUCCUUCUCAGGGUAGAAUCCAGGAGGCUCCCAAGCUAACGCAUCUGUAGCAGGUUUGGAAAAGAAAUUAUAUUAAUACAUGGGGCGCUGCAACGGGAUUUAUCAAAUGAUCCAGUGGUUUCGUAUAGUGUCUAAAUAUGUCCCUGUUGAUGUUGCCAUGUUUUUGUUCUAAGUGAUAUUAAUCGUAAAUUUAAUUGCAUUUAAAAUUUUUGCUGCCAACACCUAUUAAGGCCCCUCUUAGAAUUAUGACAAAAGUCGAAAGUGGUGAAGUAUCCCACAGUUUUUUUUUCUUUUUCUUUUGACAUAACUUACUUGCAUUGGGCCAUUUUGAUAAAUGAAUCUGGUUUAUUACUCUGCACAACUUACAAGCACGUAUGAAAAUGUGUAAUAGUCUAGAGUUUUUUAAAUUUGAUUUAAAAAUGUUUUAUAUAUAUAUAUAUAUACACAUAUAUGUAUGUAUAUAUGUGUAUAUAUGUUUAUAUACAUAUAUGCAUAUAUAUAUACACACACACACACACACACACACGCACACACACACACACACACACACACACAAAGCUAUUCUGCUUAUUGCAGAAAACCACUGGAUUGUUUUAGUUUACUUUCCCUUUCAUAUUACCUCUUUACCUAAACCUAUCACCUUAACUGACCAACCUACAGUAAACGCAUUAACUCUUCUGUGCCAAUACAAGGGGGGAAAGGUCAUGUGUUCUCUAACAUUACUGAAUGCCCAUCACUUCUUGUUCAUACUGUGGGGUUGCUAUCUGUAAAUGUUAGCAUCCAGAAAAUGUCGAUAAAUUCUGGAAAUAUUUGCCUUGUCUUAAGCACAGUAUUUGCGUUAGACUCCAAAUAUGUACUACCUUCAUUUCUCCCUUUAUCUGAAGCAUAUUCUCUCAAGUUUUCAUACAUUAGGCCAUUCUUCUCUAAAGUUCACUUAUAAAAGGCCAUCUCCUUUCCUUUCUUGACCUAACGUGAAAACAGGGUAUAUUUGAACAAAAUGUAUGACCGAGAUAUUAAGCUUGUGACGGCUUCCAAACGUUCACUGAAGCUUUCUUGUCUGGGCAUCAUUGUUGCACUUAGAGUUUACAUUUUAAAGGGUAGAUAAAAAUAUUUUGAAAUGGAAGAGCCCAAGCAGCUCAAUCGUGGGUGUCUUCUUAUGUGUUAGAGUGAGCAUUCAUAAAUAUAUAUUUAUUUGUUAUAGCCAAUAUUUCUUUUUUAUUAUUUAUCCCCUCAAUAUUAUGUAUUUAUAACAAGAAAAUGUACUUUUUUAGUAUUUACCUGUUAUAAAAGAUGUGUUAUUGUCAUUGUAAGCACAUUUAUUUUAGUUAUUGUAUUUUAGAAAUUAGUAGUUUAUGUUAUUCUUGUACAUAAAAAAUAAUGUAUUGGGGUUUGCUGGAGGCAUGAGGACGGGAUCAGACUGACUGUUACUGCAUAGUCGAGAAUUAGCUAAAACUCUGUUUGAGAGCCUUUGUUCUUGGUAGAUACAUUUAUUUCCUUGCUAAGAGUUGUCUGUGGAACAAUUCUUAAAUAAAAAUUUCUGUUAUGCA